AUGGGCCUCCGCAAACUCCUUGGCAACAACCGCGGGCGCUAUAGCAUUUGGCAAGAAGCCCUCUGGGCCCCUGAGGAGCGCCCUGUCACGACCAAAUCUGACAGAGCCUCUCCGAAGAAGGCGCAGUCUGUGACGUCGACGAAGCAGGAGCAGGUUACGCCGGCGGAGCUCGAUACCUCGGUUCUGGAUACGGGGCCUGCGGAGUUGGAUUCUGCGGUGUCGGAGUCGACGACUUUCCGAUGGGAGUUUGGUAAAAAGAAUGGCGAGGCGGGGGCUGGGAAUGGCGUUGCUGGAGGCGUUGGGAGUAUUGGGAGUAGGAGCAGCAGGAUCGGGAGUUUGGGACAUCAAGAGUUGGAUGCCGGGAGUGAGAGCCUAAGCUUGAGGACGACACGGAGCCCGAGUCAGAGCCAGGCGAAGAUUGAGAACGAGAAGCCGAUAGAGGAAAGGCAGGAUGGAGGCAAGGAUAAAAGCAGCGAUGCUACCGGGAGUGCCGAGACAAAUCAGCAAUUACCAGGACCAGAACAAUCGUCUACGACGUCGCAGCCCGCGAUCGACAAGGACCUCUUCAUAUUUUCCGAUGACAUGGACGCAAUCCCAGGCUUCGGACGGCAAUUUGGCAUAGCCCCGACUUCUAUAAUCCGCGAGCAGGAGGCCAAGGAGGCCGAGAACCCCGAGCCAGAGCCAGAGCCAGAACCCAGAACCGAGCCCGAACAAACAGCAGAAGUAAAAGGUAAAGGGAAAGACUUUGAGUCAUUCUUCCAGCAAGUCGAUGAAGAGCUCGAAGCGCUCUACACAGAUUAUCUCAGUCUAUCCGGGAAACAGAAUGCGAAGCCGAAGUUCUCGUGGAAGCCGGGGUUCAUAGGGGCUACCAGCGCAAAGUCGUAUACAAAGGCAGUGACAGGGGAAGACGCUUGUAUCAUCUGUCUUGAGCCCUUUGCUAGCAGUGUUCUGGCGCCUCCAACGGUCACCAUGGCCUGCCAACAUCCACCAUCUGUAUGUUAUGGCUGCCUCGCUAAGAGUAUCAAGCACGAUCUGGAGACGAAAUUCUGGGACGAGAUCAAGUGCCCCGAGUGCAAGGUGUUGUUUACUCAUGAGGAUGUCAAGAAAUUCGCAGACGAGGCGACGUUUGAGAGGUACGACAAGCUGUCAUUCAGGCACGCCGUCAGCGCAGACAAAAACUUCAUCUGGUGUCUCGAAUGCGACUUCGGCCAGCUCCACGAGCCAGGCGCCACGCAGCCUCAGGUCCGCUGCCUCAAAUGCUCCGCGGUCUCCUGCUUUAAGCACGCCAUAAAAUGGCACGACGAGUUCACCUGCGACGAGUACGACGCCGUCCUCUGGGAUCCCGACAGCUACAAAGAAAUCAAAGCAAAGAACGCCGCAAAGGGCAAGGAUGCCAACCCUAAGCCGGAAGCCAUGAGCAAAGGCAGCAUGAAGCGCGCGAAACGCGCAGAGCAGUUCCGACAACAGCAGUUACAUCAGGCGCAGAAGAAGGCUGCAAAGGAGAGACAGGAGAAGGAGGCAAAGGAGGCAAAGCAGAAGAAGGAAAACAUUAAAGAUGACUUUAAGGAGAAGCUAGAGCAGUUGAAGAAGCGGAAGGAAGAGCUCGAGAAGUCGGAGAAGGUUGUUGAGAAGACGACGAAGCGGUGUCCCGGCUGUCGGUGGCCGAUUGAGAAGAACGACGGGUGUGACCAUAUGACGUGCAUCAAAUGCAGACAUGAGUUCUGUUGGCUUUGCCUCGGUGAAUGGAGAUCGCAUACCCGGAACUGCAGGCGACUUGGUUUGUUCAAUUAA